CAGUGGUUUGGUAACCUCGUGACGAUGAAAUGGUGGGAUGAUCUGUGGUUGAACGAAGGAUUUGCAACGUACGUGGAAAGUCUUGGUGUGAACAAAUUUCAACCGGACUUGAAAAUGUUGGACCAAUUUGUGUUAUCAAACGUUCAGAGGUCGAUGCAUCUUGAUCAACUGGCUAAUUCACAUCCUAUAUCUGUCGUGGUUGAGAAUCCUAAUGAAAUUUCUGGUUUGUUUGAUGAUAUCUCUUAUCACAAAGUGAGUAGUGUAUUCCAACAUUUCAAACUCAUUAAUAGACAACUUGCAUGUUAGACUAAUUUUUGAUUUAGACAAAAAAAGUAAAUUCCCGUAAAGAACGUAUUAAAAUUGCAAAAUUUGGUUACGAAAUGUUGUAAAUUUCGGCCUUACAUAUAUAGCCUUGCGAAAAAUAUAGCCUUGCGAAGUUUGCAUAUUUUGUAUAAGUUUGUAUUACGUGCGGAAAUUGUUACCACUUUUUAGCCGAAAAUGGUUACAGUUUCCGCACGUAAUACAAACAUAUACAAAAUUUGCAAACUUUGCAAGGCUAUAUUUUCCAAGCUUUACAACAUUUCGCAACCAAAUUUCGCACUGUUACUAAUCUCAUUUUGUUCUUUUUAGCUGUGGUGGUUGAUUCCCUUCUCUUUACUUAGAUUAAAAUUUAAUCAUGCAAGUUUUCCAUUGUUCAUGAUGAAAUUGGACAACACUGUUGCCUUAUUGUGCUUCAGUGAUAACACUUGAUGAGGCGUAUACCGACCCAAUCUUUUAUUGGACUGGAUCAAAAUUUAUUCAUUCCUGGGACCAUGCCUUUUUUCCAAGUAAUCCAGAGCUGGUUUGGGAGGAAACAUUUUGAGCAGUUGGGCCUGAGAAAGUCAAUUUUGGCAUUAAGAAACCUAACUGAGAGCUUGGAUCCCAACAUCUGCAUGACACCCUUACCUGGGAGUGGAUCAGACUAGAUGGGAUUUCAAGUUAUCACAGUUAGCUCCAGUCCUCAGCAAUGAAGUCCCCUCCUCAGCAAUGAAGUCCCCUCUCCCUAACUGUUUAAAAGAUGUUUGUGAUGUUACUGUAAGUGAACUCUGAGUUUUAUAACAAACGUACUUGCAGGGAGGUGAGUCCGGGAUUGGACGCACCGAGGGUGGCUGGAAGUUUCCCGAACUUACCGAGCGAAGCGAGGUGAGUUCGGGAAACUUCCAGCCACCCGAGGUGCGUCCAAUCCCGGACUCACCGAACCUGCAAGUACGUUUGGUUUUUAUCCCAUACACCGAGCCAUACACACAUUUGUAGUCUUUGUAGCUGUUCGCGAUAUAUUCGUCGAUGUUUUGUGAACAUUUUCCAGGCCAAAAAAAUCAUUGGGCAAGAAAAUACUUCUUUAUCUACGUCUUCAUAACCUUUACUGCAUUUUUUCUUUGGUUUUUCUUCAGUCUCGGUAUGUUAGUCACUGAAAAAAGUUCUUUAAAGUUUAGGUUUAUCGGCUAAAUCUUGUCCGCCAUAUUUGUUAUUGUUAUUGCAACGUAAGCAGUUUAGCGGGUGAGUUCGGGCGAAAAGCAGGUGAGUUCGGCAAAAAGCAGGUGAGCUCGACGACAAGCUCACCUGCUCUAAACCAAUCAGAACGCCGCUUUUAACACAGGUAUGGGAUAAGCAUCCUGACCGGGCAAGCUCAAGAGUUUGCCUGACCACGGUGGGAAGCGAACGCGCGACCUUUGGGAUACUAGUCCAAUGCUCUACCAACUGAGCUACGAGCUCAGUUGGCAGAGCAUUGGAUUAGUAUCCCAAAGGUCGCGGGUUCGAUUCCCACCGUGGUCAGGCAAACUCUUGAGCUUGCCCGGUGUGGAUGCAAACUCAGAGUAACACCACAAACAUCAUAUUCACCUGAGUACAUGACACUAACACACACAAAAAAUCACCUUUAUUUAAAAGAAGCCCCCCCCCCUUCUAAUCUUCGCUUAUAUGAAUGUCUCGCUAGGAAGAAAAUACAUUUUCCAACACACAGUACGUCUAUAAAUUACUUUCUCUUGUGUAUGAUCAACAAGUUUUCCUUAAUUGACAAGUUUUGUUGCACGGAAUGUCAAACAUUUAUCUUCCUUUUUUGUCAAAACCAUAGAAGUAUUUCUUGUACAUUUGUUAAGUUAUCCUUGGCGGCCCUACACACGAACAAAUUUUCCUUGUCCAAAAGCCGGCAAAAUUGUCAAUUUUUUGCCGUACACCCGAGCAAAUAAAAUUACGAGGCUUAAGAGCCAGUCAAGGUGAACAUUGUGUGAACCCCUUGCCCCCCCCCCCCUUUCCACCCCAUCCUAGGAUGUAAAUAAUGAACGGUUUCUUAAGUGUAAUCAAUAUUAAUAUAGGGUGCCUCUCUGAUCAAUAUGUUGAGCAAUGUCCUGAAAGAGAAGAAUUUUCUUGCUGGUCUGAGGUCUUAUCUUAGAAAGUAUAAAUUUAGUAACGCCGCAACUGAUGAUCUCUGGCAUUCUCUUUCCAAGGUAUGACUGUCUUUUAAAAACUAAAAAGGGAUUGUACUUCUUCAUUUUAUGUUGCAUGUUGUAUGUGUACUGUCAUUUUAAGUCACUGAUUUAAAAACCCAGGCAGGUUUGAGAGGGUCUCUUUUAACAUAUUUAUGCUGGGGGACCAAGUCCCCCCAACCCUCUCGUUGACCCCUCCAGUAAACCAUGCAUGUUGCCCCCGAGUGCAUGUGUAUUGUCAGAAAGAGUGUUUUGACAUUCCCAUGACCAAACCAUUAUCCAUAUAAAAAAGUUCUGUCUGAAAAUGCACACUGUAUAAAAUAGCGAUUAGCGGAACUUCUACUAACAGCGCGGUCGAUUUCUUGAAACACUUUAAUUCAUUUGUGAGCUCACGUUAAAUAUCAUAGUUAAAUAUGUAAACUUGUCGAGGUACAACCAUAUUUAAUAUGCUGUACAAGUAAAUUUACUGUACUGUGCUACACUACAGCAACUGUCCAGUCACGCGUGGGCUUGAACUUCGAAGUAGAGAAAAAUAUGGCCAGUCCAAAAUGUUUUGGCAGGUGAAAUAAAUUUUCAGCCUGCCAUUUUUAGUGCAGAGUUUCUUUGAAACUGUGCACUAUUGUGAUGAGUGGCGAAAAUUCACAUCUGUCAUACAUCAGAUAUCAUAGAGUAAACUUUCCGGGGGGUGUAUACGAUUUAUCGUCGUGGUAAUUUAUUCUACUUAGUCAGUGCUUUGAAGGUUAUUUAGGCAAUUUCAGUUGUCUUAUUUAAAUACUUAUUUUGUCCUUUUGCCAAGUUCACAAAAAUUUCCAGGAAUUGUUGUUAUUGCAAAUUUUUGUCAAUUUUAUAACAUUUGCUUCUUCGUGUUGUGUGAAAGAUCUUUCCCCCGGAACACCCAUUUUUUCUUUAGCAGCGCAAAUGCGCAUGUGCUAUCAAGCUGUAGAUCACGAUGGCGUGACGAAUGACGAUGCUAGGAAGGAGCGACACUGCCGAACAGUGUUGUUUUCAAAUUAUAAACAUUUUUAUAGACGUGAAUAUCGAGUAAAUCUUUGAGAAUCUACGCAAUAUAUAAAUUGAUGUUAUGACUUAUGCAUUAUGGGCAUUCAAUUAAGUACCGAUAUUAUUUUGACGGUAUAUUCAAUUUCAAUAUACAAAGCUAGGAAGCAGCGAGACAGUGUUGUUUUGUCUUUUGAAAUGUAUGAACAUUUCAGGCAUGAAUAUUGAGAAAAUCUUUGAGAUUCUACGCAAUAUAUAAAUUGAUGUUUUGCAUUACGGGCAUUCAAUUAAGUGCCGACGGUAUAUUCAUUAUACAAAGCUAGGAAGCAGCGAGACCGUGUUUUCAAAUGUAUAAACAUUUCAGACAUAAAUAUUGAGAAAAUCUUUGUUUACGUGUAUAGCACAACGGUGCAAACUCGUGUUCAGUGCAACGAAAACUCUACCAGAUCUUACGAGAAUCUAUCUGUAUCAAAGCUUGUCAAAACUGCUAUAUAAACACUGCAAUAACUGUGAAACUAUUGAAAUCUAAAGUUACAUUAUUGAAUACAUGCGAAAAGCUGAAAAUGACUCAUGAAACAACAACGUGACCUUCGAAAUAUAUCAAAGGUCAAUGAGACUUGUUAUUGUGAAAACACGUCAUAAUUAGAUUAAAAUGCGGAAAGCGGAUGCGGAUUCACGGAACGGAUAUGGGGAUAAAAUGCGGAUGAAAUGCGUCAUUUUAAUGAGUUUUCGCCUCUUAUUUACGUUUCUGUGUUUUAGAUUUGUGUUCCUUUUUUGUAAUGGAAUACAACGUCGUAGUGCUUAUUAUUCAUAACAUAUCUUAUACAGCUAUUUUCUCAAGUUGUCACUGAGACGAUAGCCAAAUGGGCGCUAAAAGGAUGGUGGGAAUAAUCACAGAUUUAAAAAGUCACCUAGGUUGCCGGCGACCCUAUAUAGUGUCGUUUUCAAUUGGAAACUUUACAACAUUAUAACAGAAAUUAUGCCUUGUGACUAAUAUUAUAUGAGGAAAUAAAUAAUAUUACAUAACUCUCGUCAUUCUUUAAUCUUAAAGUAUUAGAUUUAAACCAUAUCGACAUGUGAUUAAAGCUAUAAACCACGCUUGAAAAAACUAUUCAAUUAAUAAGUAUGUCAAUAUAGCGUUCGUCUUUGAAACUCUGCACUAUCCUUGGAUCCCUAGUUAUUCAUUGAACUGCCAAAAUGGCGAGGUCUGAUAUAUGAGUCAUAUUGUAAAAAUCGAUGUUUUCAUGAUAUGCAUUUUUAUUAGUUUUAAACUUGUCUAUUUUACUACAGUAAACUUGGAUUUACAUUUCAAAUAUAAACGUAUUUAGUUAACUAAAUGAUCUUAGACUAAUAUAUAUGAGUUGUGGUAAGCAAAUAAAAUGAAAUGAAUUAUGUCUAUAGAAUUUCACCUACCAUUUCUUUUUUGACGUAGCAGUUCAAAGUUCUUUUUGCCUGCCAUUUCUAAAAUAUGACCUGCUUUUGGCCAUUGGCAGCCCGCUUUUUCGAGAUGAUGGGGUUCAAAUAUAUAUAUAUAUAUAUAUAUAUAUAUAUAUAUAUAUAUAUAUAUAUAUAUAUAUAUAUAUAUAUAUAUAUAUAUAUAUAUAUAUAUAUAUUCGUUGUAUAAUUGUACGUAUUUCCCCAUGUAGGGUGCAGGUAUUAACGUGAAGAAAGUUAUGGAUACGUGGACACUUCAAAUGGGUUUUCCUUUAGUUACGAUUACGAAGGAGGAGGGCAAAUAUUUUGCCAAGCAAGAGCAUUUUCUGGUUAAUCCAGAUGCCAAACCAGCUUUGAAGUCACCAUACAAGUACGUAUUUUUUAUGUUUGGGCUAUUGUACAUUAAUAUAGUUCACGCGUUACGGCGCGUAAUCGAUCUACUGUAUAAUCGACUUGUGUAUGUUAGAGCUGCUACUAUCGGUUCACUUUCGUAAUCAGUUAACCGUUACCAACAGUGGAUAAACAUCGAUUAAUCGAAUUAGCCAGGCUUUUAGCCAGGGUCCUGAAAGAGGGCGUCCAAUUUUGGAAAAACGAGAUAAACAAGCAGUAAGGUGUGGGUGUGUCGAGUAAACGUUCCUCUGGAAAACCUUUGAAGUUUACGUUACUUCAGGUCAGUAUCUGUUCCAAGUUCGUUCGAAAUUUUUCAAACACACUUGGCUUUGUGAGUUUGUGCCCCUUCUUUACUUAACUACGACAUUUUCAUUCAGCCAGGUACACCAUCAAAUUGAUCAAAAUGUCAAAUGUAUAAUAAUAAUGAGAACUGAAGCUAAUUCGUUUCGGAUAUAUUAAUAUACUUAGGGAAAUCAUUGAACAUAACUACCCUUUUCCCCCAGAAUUUGGGCGUCCAAGGGCGUCCACAUUUCGUUCUGGGGCGUCCCAGGACGCCCUUCUGGCUAAAAGCCUGGCCAGAGGGCUUAUAGUUGCCUUUUUUGCAGUUGCUUCUGGUUAGCAGGCCUUAAAAUAUUGGUCGGUCACGGACAUUGUCCGACCCAUGCAUUCGUGAAAUUGUCCGACGUAGAGAGAAAACCACCGGACAUUCUGUCCGACCUACGUGAAACUGAGGUUUAUUGUUUGUCCGACCCGAGUGAAUUGGUGUCCGACCUAACUGUAACUUUGUCCGACGUCCUACCCUAGUCCAGGACUAGAGGCUCGUAUGUAGUCCAGGACUAGAGGCUCGUAUGUUAAAUGGAGAAUCAGAGUAAUGUAUAUAUAAAAAGUGAACUGGAAAUGUGUAAUCAAGUGCGGGGUUUUCACUGUUUUCCAAAUUUGUCUGAUAUUAAUUUGUGUCUGCAUAAUUCAUUUUCACACAAACGUUUCAUAACCUGCCUGGGUAACAGGCUGAGCUGUAUUAUAUAAGGGGUUUCGAAAACACUAAAACAGGUGGCAAGGGAUGCUGUCUGAACUGCGAUCGACUGAAUGUUGUACUGUAGUUAAUAUUUCGCCGUAACAAUGUCAUAAUGUGUGAAUUUUUUAGUUACAAAUGGCAUAUACCGUUGACAUACUAUACAGAUCAAACCAAUGCGGUUAUCGACCCAAUAUGGAUGCCACAAGAGGAUAGUAAGUGUUUUAGAUCUCUAGACAUAGUCUAUCAAGAAACUAAACAGACGUCAUUGUGUUGUGUUUUUGUUUGAAUCUAUUUGUGCACGGUCAUGCAAGUGAUUGAUUUGAUCGUGUUUUCGUAUAAGGGACCGGUCAUAAAGUAACUGCUAGGGUGGGCUGGAGUGAUUUAGGAUGGGCCAUGGAAAAUCUUUGGGUAGUUUCGAUGGGCCGCCAAUUUUUUGGUAUGUCCACGGUUGGGCCAUCAAACAAAAACCCAUGUUAAUUAUAUAUUACAUAAAGAUAUUAAUAAUAAAAGUAAACAAGACUAUCCAAAUUAUCAAAUGCAAAUGAUGCUAUUGAAGCCAGUACUUUGUUUUAUACUGUACAACAACAAGAAGUGGUCGAAUCACAGCAAACACAACCAACUGGAGAGCAGCUCAGUAUCGUAAUUGGUGAUGAAUGUGUUGGUCAAGCUCGGUGGAAUUACGUAUGUCAAUACAGUGCCGGUGUAUAUUUACAAUGUUCAUACCUGCAAGUUUUUUUUAUUAUAAAAUUGUAUUUUCCCAAUUUAGAUUGGGUGGGUGGGUCACGAAAUAAAUUUGGUAAGAUUAGAUGGGCUUUGAAAUUUUUAUCUACAUCCUAAGAUGGGUCACCAAACUUAUUGGCAAAAUUUGUGAUUUACCUCCAGCCCACCCUAGCAGUUACUUUAUGACCAGUCCCGUCCCUAAUGAAGUAAUCGUCCAAUAAGGAUAGUUGAGAUGAAACGUGCAACAACGAUGAAUAAUAUUAUUGAGGUUGUGCACGGUGAGGAACAAUUCAACAUGAGACAAAGGUCUUCUAUUUUGUGGCUUUGAAGUUUGCUGGGUUUCCAAACCAUCAUAUCUUGACAAGACUACAUGCAUGUACUGUAUAUGCUGUAGAUUAUAGUUUUGAGGAAGUUGCCAAUGAUUUUUAGAGUUGUUUGAAUAGCUCAUCCCAUUGCUUUCACAAUUAAUGACAUGAGGACGAAGACAUACUUGACAAUUCUUGCCCUUCUGAGUUUGGGCUCACUGGUCGUUACUCAACGUGUCUUCCUGUUAUAGAUUCAUGUCUCGAUGUUUAAGAAUACUGUCCCUGAUCCAGCCUAGACCUAGGCAUUCUUCUCUACGCCUAGAAAAUCGGGGUUUUUAUCAUAAAGUUUGAAGCAACACUAUUAUUAUGUUGCGAAUUAGGUCAAAAUGAGUCGAAAUAUUACUACAAAAUAGAACUUAGUUCAGUCAUAAAAUGUUUUUAUAGUUAAUUUAAUAACUACUGGACCGUAUAAAUUGCUUUAGUUGUUGGUUUCUGAAUAAUUUCGGAUCACAAAGUUAUGGGGCUAAUUUGAGAACUUGUGAAAUCUACUAGGCCUUUGCGAGGCAAAUGACCAUUGCGAUAAUUACCAGCCGAGUAUAAAAGGCCUAGGUCUAGGCUGACCCUGACAAAAUAGUGACACAUGAAACUAUAUCCUGUCUUCUGCCUUCUUUUAGAACGAAGUUCACGACGAAUUUUUCCAAAAUAUUCGUUCUGAAAUUUGACACUAAUUUGAUUACAAUUGGUCUGGUAGAAACAAUGUUAUCGCUGUUUAAGUAAGAGGUCAUCAAACCUUUUCAUGGUCCACAAAUUUUAAUAAUCCUAGUGUCAAAAUUUAUCUAUUUGUUUGAGUUUUAAUGCCUACUAAUAUAAGCGUUAGCUAUUAUAAUUAAAGUCGACACCAUGAUUUUAAAUUUUAUGUUUAAAUGGACAAUUGAUCGUUUAUAGUUGCCCUUGAUAUUACCGUAAAUGACAAUGGAUGGUUGAAACUUAAUCCCAAUCAGACUGGAUAUUAUCGUGUGAAUUAUCCAAUUGAAAACUGGAAGAAUCUAGCCAAAACUUUGCAGUACGACCACCAGGUAUUAUAUAUAGCAUGGAGUUUUACUAGAAUGUUGAUAAUUAGUUUUGCACUUCUGUUUUACACUGAUAGCUCCAACUAUUGUGUGGAAAAAUUCUGCAAAAGAUAUUGCGGAAAGCUGUACAGUACUUAAAGCCCCGUACGUACAGAAGGGCAAUUUUUCCUUGACAAGUUUUAUUUGCUCUUGUGAAGGGCAAAACAUUGACAAUUUUUCCUUUCCAUGCAAGGAGCCUUGUUCCAGAGCUAGUUAUCUUACCUUUGGACAUGAAGAAAAUUUGUUCGUGUGUACGGCCGGCAAGAAAAACUUCAUAGAUAUCUUAUAUACACUAGAUAGUGCAUCUAAUUAUUCUGUAAUUCAAAAAUUGAAGCCGUGAUUGCAGACUCAGGAUAUUCCCAUGAAAUGAGAAGACUAGUAUGUUUUCUAUUUCUUAAACAGUGGACUUAAACAUUAAGUUAAACCUAUUCCAAAUACGUUUUCAAACUAUUGAAAUCAUUAUGAAAGUUGUUGUUGUUUUUUAAGCGUUUAUUAGCGAGCGGGAAACUCCAACAUGGCUGCCAUCUAUUCAAAUGGGGGUAACCGCUGGAAUAUUCUUGGCUUCAAUUUUACUAAAAGAGAUGCGCUAUCUAGUGUAUACAGCUAUUUCAAUUAAGGUUGUCCACGAGCGAAGCGGAAAAGUCGAAUACGAGCGCGAAAGGCUGCUGGGAAUCGCUAAUAAAUGAACGAAUUUAUUAGCGAUUCCCAAGCAGCCUUUCGCGCUCGUAUCCGACUUUUCCGCCUUGCUUGGGGGACAACCUUAAUUGAAAUAGCUGUAUACAAACUAAGUAAGAAAGAGACAACGAACUAAGAAAAAGAAUGAAAGAAAAACGACAGAAAACACAGCAUUCAGAAAUAUAAAAUCCUUGUUUUACUUUCAGAGACUUUCACCAUCGGACAGAGCUGGUUUACUGGAUGAUGUUUUCGCAUUAGCAAGGUAAGUGCAGCCUUCUGUUGAAUGAAAAUACAGAAUUUCUUGCAAAGUCCUUAAUGAUUGAAAUUUAAUAAAAUUUUAGUAGUAAAAUUUGCUUGUCCCUCUUCUUUCCAGAGCUGGAAAAGUGAACUAUACAACAGCUCUAGAUAUGAGUUUGUAUUUAAACAAAGAAAAAGACUAUGUCCCGUGGCGUGCAGCGACCUCAGCUUUAUCUUACAUCGGCGCAAGACUUUCUAUGACUCCAAAUUAUGGAUUAUAUCAG